CGGGAGUUAAUGAAUGAGAGUUUAGCACCUCCGGCAGUGUCACGCUGUAGCGCAGGAGGGAGAAGGUGGCUGUCGCCGUCGGGGGCAUCGUUUUCGUAGAUUUGCACGCCGGACUUUGAUAUUAAUUGUUUAACUCUGGGCUAAACAUUGCCCUGCAGAGGCUUCCGUGUAGGACACAAACUGACUAAAUAACUGUUGAGCUAGCCUAAGCUAGCGCUACGCCCCCUCGUAGCCUGAGGCGACCAACACAAACUGCUGUUGAAGUCAUUAGCACUAGCGCCAGAAUGGCCCAGGGAAUACCAGGCGAGGUUUUGAUGAACGAUGAACUGAUCAAAGACUUGGCAGAUGUGGCAAAAGAUGCAGCACUGCUGCAGGGUGUUUUGAUGAGGCUCCACGAGACCCCCAACUCCUCGGAGUGUGUGACGUAUGCUCCAUUCACACUCUUCCCCUCGCCUGUGCCUAAGGCAGCAUUCCUCCAAGCGCUGGCGGCACAAACUCACUACAACACGCUGGUUGACAAGAUCAGCCAAGAUCCAGACUUUCUGCGAGAGGCUCUCGCCAGCACCAUUGCUGUGGAUGAUUUCACUGCAAAGUUGUUCAGGAUUCAUGAACAAAUCCUGAAAGAAGGAAGGUCCCAGUCUAUUGUGUUGGGGCUCAAUCGCUCGGAUUACAUGUUAGACCAGAGAGAGGAUGGAGCGUCGCCUCUGAAACAGAUAGAGAUCAAUACCAUUGCUGCCAGUUUUGGAGGCCUCUCUUCACACAUGCCAGACGUGCACCGACACGUCCUUAAGUUGGCUGGACUGUUGGAGGAGAGUCAGCGCAUCCUGGACAACAAUCCUGCAUCUGGUCUGGCUGCAGCUGUAGCUAAAGCCUGGGAGCUUUACGGAUCCAAGAGAGCAGUUGUCAUGUUCUUGGUGGAGGAUAAUCAAAGGAACAUCAUUGAUCAACGGUGCAUUGAACAAGAACUGUGGAAGAGAAACAUUCCAACAAUAAGGAGGCGUUUUGAUGACGUUUAUAAAACCGGAUCCCUUGAUCAGGACAAGACGCUGUUUGUUGAUGGCAGAGAGGUUGCAGUGGUGUAUUUCAGAAAUGGCUACAUGCCACAGAACUAUGUUUCUGAACAGAGUUGGGACGCUCGCCUCCUGAUGGAGCGCUCUCGAGCCGUGAAAUGUCCCGACAUCAGCACCCACCUGGUUGGAACCAAGAAGGUCCAGCAGGUGCUCGCAAGGUCUGGAGUUGUGGAAAGGUUCUUCCCCGAUCAGCCUGAAGUAGUGAAGCAGAUCAGAGCGACGUUCGCUGGCCUCUACACUCUGGAUAUUGGCCCAGAGGGUGACAAAACAGUCGAAAUGGCUUUAUCGACACCUGACCGGUUUGUCCUGAAGCCUCAGAGAGAAGGAGGAGGCAACAACAUCUAUGGAUCAGAAAUCUGCCAGGUCCUGGAGGGAGUGAAGAACAGCACAGAGAGGAUGGCCUAUAUCCUGAUGGAUAAAAUUAACCCUACACCUGUACAGAACUACCUGCUGCGGCGAGACGCUCCCCUCAGGAUCAGCUGUUGUGUCAGCGAACUGGGCGUGUUUGGCGUUUAUGUCAGGAAGGGUACAGAGAUGGUGAUGAAUGAAUGUGCGGGGCAUCUACUGAGGACCAAGAGUUCAGAACACUCAGAUGGAGGCGUGGCAGCAGGAGUGGCUGUGCUGGACAAUCCUCUCCUGGUGUGAGAAGAUGCAAGUCAGCCCGGCAGGCACGCGUGGAAAACGCUGACGUGAAGUAGUGGAGCCAAACUGUAAAUGUGGCUUCUACAGCAUGACAUUAGUGCUGAUCCACAUAUAACAUCCAUGGGGGAUGGAUGGCGAUGCUAGACAGAAUUACUUCCAGCCCUGGGAGUGUUGGAGUGGACGUGCUGUGCACAGCAGGUUUAAAUGCAACACUUGGGGGAAAAAAACGUUUUAUAACACUUGUUUAAUGUUAAAGCAGAGCAGCUCAUCUGUUUUUGUUUAAUGCAAACGUAGAUCUGAUUUUAGCAUUGUAAAUAUUAAAUUAAAAAAAACUAACAAUAUACUGUAAUGAAGCCAAAGGUGAGAAAACAUUUAGAUUUCUCAUGUAAUCACCUAUACUAUAUAUUUUACGGUGAUUUAUUUUUUUUGGAACACAGAGGUUAAAAUAAAUUGUAAACAUUUUUUUGGUAAAUUUUUAAGCCCUUGCUCAAAUAAUGCGUCAGGUGGUCUGACAGGUAUCUGUUCCUCAAAUGGCUGUUCGAUGAAUGUGUGAAAUUAUACUAGAUAAAGGUGUGUAUAUCUAGAAUGGUGUAGUAGAAGCACAGUAGUGAAAUUCUUGAACCAAAUGCUCGUCUGGACCAAAAAUGUUGAGUGUCUUGUCAAAAAAAUAAAGUUAAACUUUAUAAAAGA